CGGUCAUCGCAGGCCCCACCCAGCAGUGGAGAGAGUGAGUCUCAGCGGGGAUUGCCGGAGAGCUCCUUCUCCCUCCCAGUGCUGUCGUCCCCUAGUCUAGGGCUCCCAGGGGCAGGGGACGCCGGGGCCGCUGAUCUCAACAAAGCCCUGCUCCACCCGUCUUCGUUGUCCCACCCUUGGUGAUACGGAGCCCCGGCCCGGGCCCCGCCCACAGCGCUCAUUUAACUGGUAUUGCGGAGCCGCGAGGCGCUGCCGCCGCUCACUGCAACUGGCUCGCGCCGCUGGGUGUUGCUGCGAAGUGGUGGAGUCUCCUGUCCUGACCCCGCGCGCCAUGACUGUCGCGCAGCCGAGCGCGCCCGCGGCGCUGCGCCUCCUCGGAGGGCUGCCGGGGCUGCUGCUGCUGCUGUGCCUGCCGGCCGUGCGGGGUGACUGUGGCCUUCCCCCAGAGGUACCUAAUGCCCAGCCAGUUUUGGGAGGCCUUACGAGCUUUCCCGAGGGCACCGCAGUGAGGUACGAAUGUAAUGAAACCUAUGUAAAAAUUCCUGGCUCGAAGGACUCUGUGAUCUGCGGUCGGAACGAUCAAUGGACAGAUAUUGAAGAGUUCUGCAAUCGUAGCUGCAGUGCACCACCCAGACUAAGUUUUGCAGCCCUCAGACCGCCUUAUGUCAGUCAGAAUUAUUUUCCAGUCGGUACUGUUAUAGAAUAUGACUGCCGUCCAGGUUACAGAAGAGUCCCUUUUCUACCAAGAAACGUAACUUGCCUUCAGAAUUUAACAUGGUCCACAGCACCUGAAUUUUGUAAAAAGCAAUCGUGCCGUAAUCCUGGAGAACUACUAAAUGGUCACAUUGACAUACCAGAUGGCAUAUUAUUUGGUGCUUCCAUCACCUUCUCUUGUAACCCAGGGUACAAAUUAUAUGGCGAGACUACUAGUCUUUGUCUUGUCUCAGGCAACUCUGUUCAGUGGAGUGACCCAUUGCCAGAGUGCAGAGAAAUUUAUUGUCCAGCACCACCAAGAAUUGACAAUGGAAUAAUUGAAGGGGAACGUGACCAUUAUGUACACAGACAGUCUGUAACAUAUUUAUGUAAUAGAGGAUUCACCAUGAUUGGACACAACUCUAUUUAUUGUACUGUGAAUGGUGAAGAAGGAGAAUGGAGUGGCCCACCACCUGUAUGCAAAGGAAAAUCUGUAACUUCCAUGGCCCCACCAACAGUUCAGAAAUCUACCACAGUAAAUGUUCCAACUACAAAAGCUUCAUCAACUUCUCAGAAAACUUCAGCUUCUCAGAAAACUUCAACUUUUCAGAAAACUACCACAGCAAAUACUCAAGCAACACAGAGUACAUCUGUUUCUAGGACAACCAAGCCUUCUCAUGAAACAACCCCAAGUAAAGGAAGUGGAACCAGUUCAGGUACUAUCAUGCUUCUAUCUGGGACAUAUACAUCAAGGUCAUUAUGAAAAUGAUGACACAUGAGGAGGUGUUACGUUUGAAGAGAGGAAGAGAAGGAAAGGACUAGAGACAUUUAGUAAAUUAGCAGGCAAUGUUAAAGGCCCAGUUGAGGUAAGUGCUCUUGAAUUUAGAAUGCAAUCAACAAGCUUGGUUCUGAGUUUUUCUGCAGUCAUAUUUAGCUUUCUAGUUACAGGCUCAGAACAAGGAAGUUGCUCAGAUUAAACUAUAAGUGGGCGUUCCCAGGUGAAUUUGAUGACGUGAGUUGAGCAUGUGCACAAGGGAGUGAUUAGAAUGAUGGACCAUAGAAUUUAAGCUAUGUGAGAAGGGAAGUGAAGACAUAUGAGUGGUAAGAAACGAUGAGUAACAGGAUCAGUAUUUUGUAGGCCUUAAUGGAGUCAUGUCAUCGUUAUACUUGGGGUGCUAUUUAGAGUGAACUGGAAUGGUAAUAUGCAGUAGUGAGAAAUAAGAAUGCCUCAAUUGAGAGUAAAACAGAAUUGGUGACCAGAGGACAAACCUGUCUACAAAUACGAUUCCUCUUCAUUUUGGGCACAAAGUUAGGCACAUUUCCUGGCACCCUUGCAGUUAAGUGUAGACAUAGGACUGAGUUCUGGCCAAAGGAACAUGAUCAGAGAUGUGUGGCAUUUCUAGGUCUGGCCCUAAAACAUUCCCAUAUGCAAUCCUCCUUACCUCUUUCCCUACACUGAGUUGAUGAAGGUGAGUGCAGCAACCUAAUAAUUCACAUGCUAAAGAUAAAAGAACCACAAAAAGGAAGGAGCUUGAGUCAUUGCUUUGAGGAGAGCUGUCUGCUGAUCAGGACCACCCACUUUAAACUUCAUGUGAAGAAGAAGUAAACUGUAUGUAUGAGUUUAACAUUUUAGAGAUUGAUGUGUUAUGUUAUUGUAGUUGACCUUAAACUAAAACAAGCCUUCUAGAUUUUGAUGAUGCAAGGGUUUAGGCAGAACUAUGGUGUGAAAAGUUGAAGUAAAAUGGUGGACAAAAGUAUUGGGGUAGAGGAGGCCAUGGAACAUCUUAAUUGAUACUGAAAUCAAGAAGCAUGGGAAUUAAUGUUAGAGAGUGUUACUUGCCACAGGCUAAAAUCUUCAAGAAAUGAGAUAGAGUGGUUUGUACAUCUGAAGAUGACUGCAAA